AUGGUUGACUUGAGAUGUCCUGACUACAUGAAUUACUUGCGUCGAGUAUACAGUCUACAGGGAGAAACGAAUAACCAUAACAAAGAGAUGAAAGCUGGAUAUGAUGAAGAAUUACUACUUCAUUGUAGAUGGUUUGAUUGUCAUCAAUCUUUCCCCAACUAUAUUCGAUUACAUGUACAUUUCCUUGAAUGUCACCUGAAUAAUGUACCCGAGCUUGUCUGUCUAUGGGAUUCUUGCCAGAAAAAUAAUACAUUCCAGGAACACAACCAGUUGUUGCGUCAUACACUUCUACACACAUUUUUUGAAGAUUGCAUAGUAAAUACUAGUAAGCUUCUGAAAGCUCAUCAUAAGGUUUGGAAUUUUGUAUGUUGUGGAAUAAAUUGUCAGAAACCUGCUUAUCUUCAACGAUCAACGGAAAAAUUCUUAUGGAAUCCUAUAAUUUUGAUUAGAGGUUUUGAAUGUCAAUGGAAGGACUGUGAUUACACUACGGAUUCAGCAUAUCUAUUCAGCGAGCAUGUUAAGGAACAUGAUUUUCCAUAUGGUGAUGAUAACAAUAAUAAUGAUUGUGACGAUGAAGAUAAUAAUAGUAAUACUAAACUAACUUGUUUAUGGCAAUCAUUGAGUGAAGAUUCAUCGACCAUCUCAAAUCAGUCUAUAUGUGGUUCUAUAAGCGGAUGUCGUUCACAUUUUCAUCGUCAUGUACGUCGUCACACUGGAUUACCACGUUACAUCUGUUCUAAAUGUUUUGUGUGUUUUACAGAAGUUGUUAAUUUCAAGGAGCAUUUUACAUGGAGUUUAGUUAAAGAUUAUCAGAAUGUAGUCAAAUUCAAUGGGACAGAUGACGAUAGUACUGAUUGUCCAGUAUCAUUGAAAUUAAUCGAUGAAUCUUCACCUUUCCCAAAACAUCUUGAAGGUACAACUCUAUUUCAAUGCCCAACAUGUAUAAAAGUUUUUAUUACUAAAGAAGGUUGGACUUCUCAUAUACGUGAAUGUUCGAAAUCAUUAAACAAAGAGACUACUGUUAACACUAAGAAACUGGAUUGUAUUUCACUUUCCCGUAAACAUGUUUCUAAACCAUAUUUUAGAAUAGCUUCGAAUAAUAAAUUAUCAGAAGAAAACUAUGAAUUUUAUUGUCAAAUUCAAGGUUGUUCUUAUCAAUCUACAAAACUAUCCGCUUAUCGUGCUCAUUAUAGACGCUAUCAUCUAAGUAGUAACCCUGAUGGUUUAUGGUAUUCUUGUCAUCUUUGUUCUUCUUAUCGAGCGCGUAAACCAUUUACAAUUUCACAUCAUUUAAAAUCGGUGCAUUCAUUGAAACCGCCUGAUGGACGUUCACGUUUCACAUACUCUUUUGAUGAGUGUAGUCAAACUUAUCAAUUAACUGGGAAACCACCAGCUCCAUGUACUGUUCGAGCAAUACGAAAAUUAGCACCGAAACUUGUUGUGAAACAAUAUUCUAAUCCUUCAAUUGCUUUAAAGGCUCUCCAUAGUAAUAACAAUAAUAUAGGUACCACUGGUCCACUAGCACCGGACCUUGAUGAAAUUAUUGGCGAUUCAGAUGAGGAAAAUCAAUCUGAUGAAGAAUUACUUACAUCUGCUGAAUUACUGAAACGUUUUUAUAAGAUAUGGCAAAAUGAAAAACUUGCCCCUGUACUAUUAACUGCACACUCUGACCUGUUAGGUCUUAUUCAAGCUGAAGUUAAUCAAUUAGAAGCUGAAGCCAAAACUUUACCAGCUGGUGAUUUGAAAGCUCAAAUUAAACGAAUUCAAGUUGAAAGAAUCCGAUUUAUCAUGGUCGAUUACAUGCGUAUUCGGAUGAAAAAGAUUGAACGAUUUGCUGAACAUAUUUUAGCUGAAGAACGUUCGCGUAAUUCAAAUGAAUCACCACAUUUGACAGUGGAAGAAUAUCUUUUUGCAAAAUCAUAUUCAAAUAGUAUUCGAGAAUAUUUGAAAACUACAAUUAUUAAUCGUUUACCAGCUAAUAUGCAGUCUAUUAAAGACGAAGAGUUAACAUUUCAUCCAAACCCAAACAGUUAUGUAUUUUGUCAGUCACUGAAAAAAAUUGAUUAUAUAGAAGUAUUCGAUCAUAGUUCAGAUGGAACUCAAACCUCGGUAUCACUUACCUUGGAACCUGGCGCUCAACAUCUCUUACCCUACAGUUGCAUUCGACCGUAUGUAGAAGGUGGCGAUGUAAUUUUAAUCUAA